UCCACACAUAUACCGACUCAAUCGCGAAAUAGAGGAAUCAUUUCAGUUCCCAAAGAAGAGCAGGGAAUGGCGGCAGUGUUGGAGGGAUUGGGGGUACCGGUGCUGGAGACCAUCCUUUCCAAGGUCGCUUUCAGCGACGCCGCCGCCGCAGCCUGCGUCAGCACUACGCUCCGCUCCGUCGCCUCCGAUGACGCACUCUGGCGCCACUUCUGCGCUCGCGACCUCGCCGUCUGCGAUCAACCCCUCGACCCCGACGGCAACCCUUGCCACUCCUUCAAGGAGGCGUACAGAAGAUGGUUUGAAUCUUUUGGUAUGUACCCAUUUCCUUUGGUAAGGAGAGCAAAAGAAUGUUGGAGUUCAAUUAAGAGUUGGAUGGCUGUUAAUCUUCCUGAAGUCAAUGACACUUUGAGGAAGGGUGCUUCUGAAGCUGAAAUAAAAUCGGCUGAGAAAAUACUAGGAGUCCAGUUACCUAUUCCAACCAAGGUUCUGUAUAGGCUGUGUGAUGGUCAGCAGACAUCGACUCCAGACCUUGUUGAAAACAGACUUCUGGCUCCCUUGGGAGUUAUAGGUGGCUAUGAAUUUUAUGAUUAUAUUGUAAAUGUGCACUUGCUGCCUUUAAGGCUGGUUGUGACAGAAACCAAAAGAAUUGCUAGACAGCUAGGUUUCCUGACUAGAUCCAAGUCUAUUGUUGUGGCAGCUUCCUACUACAUGGAGAAGUUCUUUUUCCUAAAUUGCACCAGUGGCCAACUUUAUGUUGGCACAAGGAAUUUGAGGGAGGAUGGGGAAAUGAUGCCAUGUGUCCCUCAGUCAUUGAUAAGGCCAGCAGUUGAUAUCGGUCAUGAUAUGCCACAAGAUGCGCUUUUGUUGUGGUUAGAAGAACAUUGUAGACGUUUACAAAGUGGUAUGAUCAAGACUCGUGAACUAAAAGAUUGUCGGAGUAUUUGCAUAUUUCCAGAAACACCUCCUUAUUGUUCUGUUGCAGUAACUAAUGGUGUUCAGGUUCGUUCCUCUGCUAUUUUUGUGCCGGAAGCUUCUGAAGGCAAUGGAGGGGACUAUUAUUAUUCUUACUCAAUUCGCAUUUCUCUCCUGCCCGAGGGAUGCUUACUGGAUGGCACAUAUUACUCGUCAUGUCAGCUUUGUUCACGUCACUGGAUUAUCCGUUCCAGGGAUAUCAUUGUUUCCGAUGUGGGUGGAGAAGCUGUGAUAGGAAAGUUUCCUCUACUGAUUCCAGGUAAGGAAGAAUUUGUUUAUCAAAGUUGCACUCCUUUGCCAGGUGCUCCUGGAUCUAUAGAGGGCUCCUUUACAUUUGUUCCUGGCAGGAUAAGCAAGCCUGAAGGAAGACACUUUGAUGCGAAGGUUGCACCUUUCAUCCUUGAAGAACCAGAGUAUAUUUUCUAGUUGCUCAUUGAAGAUCCAUUAUUAUACUUGAUUGGUGUGUGUACCGGAUUGUUUUGUGUUCAGUUUGCACAAGUAAUCCAGAGACUAACUAUAUCCAUCAUGUAAUUGGUUAUUAGUUCUAAUAAUCAAUGGUAUUGUUCAUAUGCAAGAUAGAGAUUAACAUGGAAGAGGUUUGUGUA